GGCCAUCGCCUCACGUUCUUUUAUCAUAAAAAUAUCCUCUCUUUUUGUAGUUUAAUCGUCCAUCUCCUCUUUGGUCUGGGAGGCAAGCACAUUUGUUUAAUCGUCGUCGUCGUCGUCUCGGACGUGGGUGAAGCUUCGAUCGGAGAUCAGGAAUCAUCGCCUGCUGCUGCUGCUGCGUUGUUUGACCUACCGUUUGAUUACUCUGGCGCCAGCAGUACGGUGCUGGCCGGCCUGGCUGCCGUUGGAUGAUGGCCACGUUGUUGUCGAUGAACUGGUCAAGAUCGAGGAGGACGAAGAUGAAAUAGAGAAGAAGAAAAAAAAAAGUGCGAGGCGUAAUCAGAAGCGAAUCAUUCAACAGCUAAGGUAAACACGAAUGGGGGGGUUGUUGCCGUGUUGCGUGCGACCUUUUGGGUUGGUUGUCUUGUCCCCGAUGACAAGCGAAGGUGAAAGAAAGAUGGUUUCUUGAUCGGGACGGGACGGGAGGGAGGCCGGACGAUGGCGGCGGCGCCGGCGCAGAUGGCGGCGGCGAGGGUCGGGGCGACCAACAUCGGGAGGCUGCGCCAUGGGAAGGCGGCGGCGUGGGCGUCGGCGUCGGCGGCGAGGGGUGGUGGCGGCGUGACGGCGUGGCACCUCAGGGUGUUCGCCGGCGUGGUCGGCGUGAUGGGGUGCCUCCUGCUCGUCGCCUCGCUGAUGAUGUCGGCCGUCCACCAGGUGCAGUUCAGGAACGGCGCCAUCUCCAGGGGCUUCAGGGGCCUUCAGGAGCUGAAGCAAAAUUCAGUAAGGACGGAGGAGUCAGAGCAGAUAAUGCACCCAAGGCUGUUGGAAAUGGCAACUUCAGUUAUCAUGAAGAACAAGUCUGACAGUGACAGUGUGCAAUUUUCUCUAUGGGAAGAGCCCUACAAACAAGCCCGGAAAUGGAAGCCCUGUGCUGCAAAGCACAGCUUACCUGAUGAAGUGCCUGAGGAGAACAACAAUGGGUUCAUUCUGAUCAGCGCAAAUGGCGGUCUGAACCAACAGCGGGUGGCUGUGUGUAAUGCCGUUGUCGUCGCAGCUCUGCUUAAUGCUACACUAGUCCUUCCCAGAUUUCUUUACAGCAGUGUGUGGAAGGACACAAGUCAGUUUGGUGACAUCUAUCAGGAAGACUACUUUGUGAACUACAUGAAAAGUGAUGUGCACAUUGUGAAAGACUUGCCUCCCCAUCUCCAGUCACUGGAUCUUGAAGAAAUCGGCAGCCAAAUCACUGACAUGGAUAUCUCGAAGGAGGCCAUACCGACUGAAUUCAUCAAAAUUGCACUCCCAAUUCUCCAGCAGAAUGGCGUUGUCCAUUUCAUGGGAUUCGGCAACCGGCUCGGCUUCGACUCGGUGCCUGUUCAUCUGCAGAGGCUGCGAUGCAGGUGCAACUUCCACGCGCUCAAGUUCGUCCCGGAGAUCCAGCAGGCGGGGUCUCUUCUGGUCCAGCGGCUGCGCAGAGCCGGCGCGAUGCAGACGGAGAUGGACAAGCAGCUGUUCGGGAGUAACAUGGUCGACGACGCGGCCCUCGCCGCCGGAGUGGGCGCCGGCGAGCCGAGCAGGUACCUUGCGCUGCACAUGAGGUUCGAGGAGGACAUGGUGGCGUACUCGCUCUGCGAAUUCGGCGGCGGCGACGCGGAGAGGAAGGAGCUGCAGGCGUACAGGGAGACCCACUUCCCGACGCUCGCCAUGCGCCUCCGGAACACGUCGGUGUCGCCGGAGGAGCAGCGCAGCCUGGGGCGGUGCCCGCUGACGCCCGAGGAAGCCGGGCUCGUGCUCGCCGCGCUCGGCUACGACCGUCGGACGUUCAUCUACGUCGCCGGGUCCCAGAUAUACGGCGGCGCCGCGCGCCUCCGCCCCCUGACGCGGCUGUUCCCGAACCUGGUCACCAAGGAGGACGUCCUCUCCUCCGGCGAGCUAGCGCCAUUCAAGAACUUCUCUUCCCGGCUUGCGGCGCUGGACUUCAUCGCGUGCGCAUCGGCCGACGUAUUCGCGGUGACGGACUCCGGCAGUCAGCUGUCGUCGCUGGUGUCGGGGUACCGCGUGUACCACGGCAGGGGGCGGUCGCCGACGCUGCACCCGAACAGGAAGCGGUACGCGCAGAUCCUGGGCGAGGAGGAGGGCGGUGGCGGCAAUGGUGUCCGCUGGGGCGGGUUCCAGAGGAGGGUGAGGAACAUGGUGGAGGAGUACAAGCGGGUGAGCGCGCGGCCGAGGGGACGGAGCGUCUACCGGCAGCCGAGGACGCCCGGCUGCAUGUGCAGGGCCGCCGGCGACGGCAGCGUCGACUUCUGAUCAUGGCGCCGCCGUACUCUUUAUGUUCUUCGUCUCGAAAUUCUUUUGUGCAUAGCUCGCUAGCUUUUGGCGAAUUUAAAUUUGAAUAGCUCUAGGAUACACGCACGGUUAAGCGAUGAAAUUUUGAUUUUUUUUUAGAUUUGUAACAAACACAUUUGAAAAGGUGCAAUUCAAAAUUAUGUCUUUCAAAG